GCUGCUAACAAUGGCUGCUUCCUCGGAGUUGCGGAUGGAUCAGCUUCCUUCAGACCCGCUGCUGCACAUUUUAUCCUUCCUGGGCUUCAGAGACCUGAUCCAUUGCAGUUUUGUCAGCAGGAGGUUGAAUGAGUUGUCCAAACACAACCCACUGUGGAAACGUCUCUGCUCCAAACACUGGCUGCUCACAGAUGUGGAUCGUGUGCAGAGCGGCGUUUCCUGGUACUGCCUCUUUAAACAGUACUACACAGACCUGGGUCGGUACAUGCAGUACUACCCGGUUCUGAAGAAAGCCUGGGAGCAGCUGAAGAGCUUCCUGCAGCAGAGAUGUCCCCGCAUGAUUGCGUCACUCAAAGAGGGCGCCACAGAGGCGGAGCUUAACGACAUCGAGGCUCAGAUCGGCUUCAAACUCCCAGACGAUUACCGCUGCUCCUAUCGCAUCCACAACGGGCAGAAACUGGUGAUCCCUGGGCUGAUGGGCAGCAUGUCACUCUCUAACCACUACCGCUCUGAGGUGCUGCUGGACGUGGAGACGGCGGCCGGGGGUUUCCAGCAGAGGAAGGGGAUGAGACGCUGCCUCCCGCUCACCUUCUGCUUCCACACGGGGCUCAGUCAGUACAUGGCGCUGCAGCCGGCCGAGGGACGGCGGAUGUACGAGAGCUUCUACCCCUGCCCUGAUCAGACGGCUCGAGAUCCUUCAGUCAUCGACAUGUUCAUCACAGGUUCGUGUUUCCUGGAGUGGUUCACGACAUACGUCAACAACGUGGUCACUGGAGAAUAUCCAAUCAUCAGAGACCAGAUCUUCAGAUACGUCCACGAUAAAGGCUGUGUGGCGACCACCAGUGACAUCACCGUCUCCGUUUCUACCUCCUUCCUCCCGGAACUUUCCUCCGUCCAUCCCCCACACUUCUUCUUCACCUACCGUAUCAGGAUAGAGAUGUCGAGCAGUGCGUCUCCUGAAGCUGCCUGCCAGCUCGACAGUCGUUACUGGAAGAUCACCACGUCUGACGGGAAGGUGGAGGUGGUUCAGGGGCCCGGUGUGGUUGGAGAGUUCCCCGUCAUGACUCCUGGGAAAGUGCACGAGUACGCCAGCUGCACCACCUUCUCCACGCCGUCGGAGUACAUGGAGGGUCACUACACCUUCCACAGACUCGCCAAUAAAGAAGAAGUAUUCCAGGUCGCCAUCCCUCGAUUCCACAUGGUGUGUCCGCCCUUUAGAGAGCCUGCAGAGCGAACGCUGAGAGACCCGUUUGUCGACACGUCCUUCCCUGACGCCAACUGUGAGUUCAGUGAGUACGGCGACAGAGACAACGGAGAUGAUAACGAAGACGACAGAGACAACAACGGAGACGACAACGGUGAUGAAGAAGACGGUGACGACGACGAUGGCGAUGACUUCGGCAACCUGAGAGGAAUCAACAUGGCUGCCUUGGAGGGAGCGUGGUGCCCUCGUCACAUCUGACGCUGACCCUUGCUAACCACGCUGCCGCGUCGUCAUGGAAAACAAACUGUAAUCAUGCAGGUCGGACUUAUGACACUCAGGCUUCUAGGGCGCCCUGAGUGACUGACAGACAGCAGGGGAUUCUGGGAGUAGUAGCCAGAGCCAUACACGGACAAGAUCGCGCAAACGAGACAAUAAAUGUGAACGAGGUGACGUUUUAUAGCUGGUUCUUCUUUAUCUUGUUACUAUAUUAAGGUCGAACUGUGAGGGCGGGGCUGUGAUGUCAUCAUGGUAGAGACACAGGAAGCAUCGUUUGCAGCGGCGUCCUGUUUCAUGUUUAGAGAAAAGAGAGUCACAUUUUAGUGGGAGGGAGCUUUCUGUGGUUAUUUUGAUGAGCUGACGUUCCUCAUUCGGAGGCUUCUGGGUUCUUUGAAUUAUCUUUUCCACCAAGGGCACGUUCCCCCAACUUUUAUAAGAACCUGAGUUUGAUUUCACAGCCUGGUUGAGCUUCGUUCCACAUCUUCAGUCUUUCUUUCCUCAUCAUUGCCCAGUUCAGACCAAAGAUUUCUAACACAACAAGACCAUUUUUGAGCGUUUCAGGGGACAGUUAUGGCUCAUAUCAACCCCUUUAAGGACACAGUAAUGUACUAUUUAGCUGAUAAAUGUUCUGGGGCACUGGCUACACUGGAAUGCUAACUGGAUGGCUAGACUGGUCUGAAUUCAAAAUGCAAGGAUGGAAUGUUUUCAUGAGCUUAGAUGACAUCUUUCUAAAGUCAAUUAAAGACUUCAAAGGAUGACGUCAUCAAAGGUAGAGGAUGGAAUGUUUUGUAGACAUUAACGGACAACAUCAAAGGCAAAGGACAGAAUGUUGCUGAAGCUGGGGGCAUUUCGCUCCAUUUUUUAACAAAUAGUAAACUAUAGUUUGCAAAUUUUGGAAAAGUGUGUGAAACUGGUGAGGAAUGAAGCAGACCUUUAACCUUUACCAGUUCCAUCCACUUUUCCAAAUUUUGCCAAGGUGUUUUUGUAAUUUAGACAUGAUCAUCAGUUAUAUUCUUAAACCAACCACUUUUACGAAAGUUGCCAACAAAGGAGAGUCAACAUAAGGGAAGAAAUAUUGGUAAAUGUGUGUUUCAAUGAUGACAGAGAGAUGACGUCUGCUGAACUCAUUAGCCACCAGCUAAGAAGCUAGCAGUACCACUUUAACAGCUUUUCUCCCUCAUGUUGUCAUACAAUUGAAAGGAUACUCUCCAGCUCCUGCCUCAGUUUCAACUUCUCUUGUUGGAAAUCUUUGGUCUGAAGUGGGCUAAAGACAAACUGUGUUGACAUCGUCUGUUUUUUAUUUUUCUUGCCUGGACAUAGAAGGAUGACGUUGCAUGAGGGAGCUGAUUUUGUCUCUGGAUUUCUUUAGGAAGCACUCUUUAACACAUUCAGCUUGAUUUUUUUAACGUGACUUUCUUUCCUCCGCCUGUAUGCUCUUCAGGAUUCGAUACAGAAGCUCUUAAAGACACCCUUGAGUCGACUCUUUGCCUCAUCCUAAAUAAAAAACAGAACAAUUAGAUGUUUUUUUGUUUUGAUACAAAUUAGUGAAUAUAAGAUAAUGUUGAUUCCACAGUUUAGAUGGCCCUAAGUAGAGGGAUGCAGAAAUAUGGUAUGUUUGGUCUUGGUUGUUGCUAAAUCAUAAGCUUUGUAGAAAGACAAAAAAUAAGGUUAUGAUUUGUGUUUUAGAAGCUUUGAUGACCUCACCUCUCUAAAGCCUGAACAAUGACGUCAUCAAAGGCAGAGGACGGAAUGUUUAAUUAACUUAAAAGGAUGACGUCAUCAAAGGCAGAGGAUGGAAUGUCCUAUAAACUUAAAAGGAUGACAUCAUCAAAGGCAGAGGAUGGAAUGACAUAUAAACUUAAAAGAAUGGCAUCAUUAUAGGCAGAGGACGGAAUGUCCUAUAGACUUGAAAGGAUAACAUCAUCAAAGGCAGAGGAUGGAAUGACAUAUAGACUUGAAAGGAUGAUGUCAUCAUCAAAGGCAGAGGAUGGAAUGACAUAUAAACUUAAAAAAAUGGCGUCAUCAAAGGCAGAGGACA